CAUUACUGAGUAAGCUCUCAAAAGCUCGCCCCUUUGCUUUCUCCGCCACUUCUCCUCCGAUUCCUCGCCCCACCCCCCUUCGCUCUCCAAACCCUAAUCCCUCGAUCUCUCCUUGCUCUGGUCUGCGAUCUCCCCAUGGCUCGAUCUCUUGCGGAGAUCUAGGGCUCCCGAAGCUCCUUUUGAUCCGAUCUCCCCGAGGUUUGGACAUGGCGGUCGGCGAAAGCUCGUCCCCCGGCUCCUCCGCUGAGACCCAGAACCCUAACCCGGAUUCGAACCAGGACACGAGGCCUCACUCGUCGGACUCCGCUGCGCCGCCACAGCUGCCGGCGGCGGAGGCCGACGGUGCGAUCGAGAUGCUCGCCCGGAGGGUCCAGGAAACGUUGUCCAUCGGGACGCGGCAUCGAUUCUGGGAGACCCAGCCGGUGGGCCAGUUCAAGGAUCUUGGCGACGCCAGCCUCCCCGAGGGCCCGAUCGAGGCCCCGACGCCGCUGUCCGAUGUCAAGCCAGAGCCCUACAACCUCCCCUCGCAGUACGAGUGGACCACCUGCGACAUGGACGACGACCAGACCUGCGGCGAGGUCUACAGCCUCCUCACCAACAAUUACGUCGAGGACGACGAGAAUAUGUUCCGUUUCAACUACUCCAAGGAAUUCCUCCGGUGGGCUCUUCACCCCCCGGGCUACUACAAGGCCUGGCACAUCGGCGUCCGGGUGAAGGCCAGCAAAAAGCUCGUGGCUUUUAUUACUGGCGUGCCUGCGAGGAUCCGGGUGAGGGAUGCCAUUAUCCGGAUGGCGGAGAUCAACUUCCUCUGUGUCCACAAGAAGCUGCGGUCGAAGCGGCUUGCACCUGUGAUGAUCAAGGAGGUAACCAGGAGGGUCCACCUCGAGAAUAUCUGGCAGGCGGCGUACACAGCCGGAGUGAUCCUCCCAACACCCAUCACGACUUGCCGGUACUGGCACCGGUCUUUGAAUCCAAAGAAGCUCAUUGAUGUUGGGUUCUCGAGGCUUGGAGCACGGAUGACCAUGAGCCGGACGAUUAGGCUCUACAAGCUGCCUGAAUCCACUGUGACGCCGGGAUUCCGGAAAAUGGAGCUCCGUGAUGUGCCAGCGGUCACCCGAUUGCUGAGGCAGUACUUGAGCCAGUUUGUAGUUGCACCUGAUUUUGAUGAGAGUGAUGUUGAGCAUUGGCUUCUUCCAUUGGAGAAUGUGAUGGAUAGUUACUUGGUUGAGAGCCCUGAGACACAUGAAAUCACAGACUUCUGCAGCUUUUACACCCUUCCAUCUUCGAUUCUCAAUAACCAGAAUUACACAGUGUUGAAGGCUGCAUAUUCCUACUACACCGUGUCUAUGAAGACUCCUUUGCUUCAGCUGAUGAAUGAUGCACUUAUCGUAGCCAAACAGAAGGAUUACGAUGUGUUCAACGCACUUGAUGUCAUGUACAAUGAGUCUUUCCUGAAGGAACUGAAGUUUGGGCCUGGGGACGGGCAGCUCCAUUACUACCUAUAUAAUUAUCGGAUCAGGAAUGCUUUGAAACCGUCAGAGCUUGGACUUGUACUUCUGUAGGUUGCUACUUGAGUCUUGGCUUUGGGGUGGGAACCUGCCUCAUCAUUUUUAUCUGUUGCCGUCUGAUUUCAAUGCCCUUAUUUAACUAGCAUUUUUACUUUUUGUGGUAAACCUUCAUCCAGUGUCACUCAUUGAAACUUUCUAGAAUUUGGUAAUUCACGUUUACACCUUGCACAUUCAAUCUUGGGUAUGUAGUUGGGGGUUCUACUUAGAUAUUUUGUAUCUGUUUGAUUGCAAUUGCAUGCAUUUGUGGGCUCUUUUACUUCUUAUUGUAAUUCCCAAUUGUUACCUGGGCCAUGGUAACCAGCAUCUCAUGUGGAACUUGUCAUAUCUUAAAAUCUAGAACUUCCUGGCUGGAAUUGAA